AUGGGGAUUGUUGGACACCCCUGGUUUAACGCCUUUCGUCGUUUUACCUCCCAGAAUGAGAAGGUGAAACCGGGUGUCGUUUACGUGGGUCACCUCCCGAGAGGCCUCUACGAGGCUCAGCUCCAGCAGUACUUCAGCCAGUUUGGAACAGUGACUCGGGUCCGCCUUUCGAGGAGUAAAAAGACAGGAGGUAGCAAAGGUUAUGCAUUUGUGGAAUUUGAAUAUGAUGAAAUUGCAAAGAUAGCUGCAGAUACCAUGAACAAUUACCUUGUCCGUGAAAAACUCCUGAAAUGUGAGUUUAUGCCAGCAGAAAAAGUACACGAAAACCUCUUUAAAGGGUCUGAGCGAAAGUUCAGAAAGCCAUCAUAUCCAGCCGUAAAACGCUACAACCGGAACCGAACAGCAGAGGAGGAAGAAAAAAUGGCUGAGAGGCUGUUGAAAAAGGAAAACAAGUUGCGAAAAAGGCUUGCUGAGAAAGGAAUAGAUUAUGAUUUCCCUGGAUUUAGUGCUCAGAUGCCUCCAAUAAAGAAAAAGAUGAUUUCAAAAUCAGAUUCUAAUGAGGAUGCAUCAGUGGAUGAUGAAGAUCCCACACCAGUGUGUACGCCAACAUUUUUUGAGCGCCGAAAAUCUCAGCCGGAAGAUAAUGAAGAUGAUGAAAUAAUUUUAAAAUUACCACCUACGAUUACAAAGUCUACCCCGCAAGAAAACAAAGUGGCAAAAUUACAGAAAAAAAGUGCAAAUAAAAAAUGUAAAUCUUAACACUU